CUCAUUUAUGAAAAGAAUCAACCGCUUCCUUCAGUACUUCAAUCCACAACUUCUCAUAUUAAAACCCCCUCAACCCCUUCUCAUCUUUUCUUGAUUCCAAAUUCUCAAAUAGCUAGUGCAAUGGCCACAGUUACCUCUGCUGCUGUUGCUAUCCCAUCUUUCACCGGCCUUAAGGCUGGUGCUUCCUCAACUUCCAGAGUUAGCACCACCGCCAAGGUGGCUGCUGCCACCCCCGUCACCAAGUUGGCCGUAAAGGCAUCUUUGAAAGAUGUCGGUGCUGUUGUUGUCGCCACCGCUGCUAGUGCAAUGCUUGCUAGCAAUGCCAUGGCUAUUGAAGUGUUGCUUGGUAGCGAUGAUGGCGGUCUUGCUUUUGUUCCUGGAAACUUCAGUGUUAGCGCCGGUGAGAAAAUUACGUUUAAGAACAAUGCCGGGUUCCCUCACAACGUUGUAUUUGACGAAGAUGAAAUCCCAGCUGGUGUGGAUGUAAGUAAGAUUUCCAUGCCUGAAGAGGAAUAUCUGAAUGGACCAGGGGAGACUUACUCUGUCACUUUGAGUGAGAAAGGAACUUACACCUUCUACUGUGCGCCUCACCAGGGAGCUGGAAUGGUUGGCAAAGUUACUGUAAACUAAUUUCUCACCUCUGUAUCACGUAAAACUUGAUUUGAAUUCGCAUCAUUUCACCAUUUUCAUUUCAAUAUUGUCCUUCUUUUUGAGGUAAGGAGAACUCAGAAGAGUUGCAUAUUUAUUGAUGUUGCUGGGGAUUUGAAUUGUAUCAUGGUUGAGGUAAAACUUAAAUAAUGUCAUUUUAUGAUUAAUACAAACUUUUCUGGACUGUAAUGUUGUUAUUAAAUUAAUAAGUUCAACCUUUUCCCUGA